GAAUGUUUUAAACUUUUAUUCCACUUCUUAGUGCAUAGUUCAGAUGGCGAAACAUUCCAAAAUACUAGUUUCGUAACACGCUCAAGACUGAUCAGAAUUCCAACCCACACACACACACACACCCCGACGACGUACAGCCGCGCCACUGCUAGUAGUAGUUUCAGUCCUGAGGCUAGAGAUCAGCCUUAAGAAACUGUACCUCCUUAACGCUAGCCCCUCGUCGUCUAGCGCGUAGUCAAUUAGUGUUUUCUCUCGGUUCACCAUCACGGAGCGCAAUUAACGGUGCACGACUAUUGUUUCACCGUGCGUGAGGAUAAAAUUGUGUCAAAGUAAGCGUUGAACCUUAAUCGCAUCGCCGAACCGAACUCGAGCAUAGUAACGUAACGACGAUCAACGAGUCAUCGCCGUUGCCGAGACAACGACGAUAGAAUUUCGAGUGCAAUGUCCUCUUCCUGUCCGGUGCUCAAGCUGCUGCUCUUCAUCGGCUUACUGGUGCUGCAAGCAAUCGCUACUUGCAAAGCCACCCUCAUCGCAGAUAAUAAUGACCGGCAAGUGAAGGAGCAGGCUGGGCUCGGUUGGGCGGUAACGUACGACCCUGCCAAGCUAACGGUGCACAUGGGCACGGUACAGAACGUGACGAUUCACAUAGCGAACAUCAACGACGCGGACCUUAUCGAUGUGCAAUCGGUUCAGCUGCGGAGUGAGCGGGACCACGUGGCGACGGUUGAGAAUGGUACGAUCGUCCUGCUGAAACCCCCGGUGCCCACCGUUCCAUGGUUUAGUGGUUCACUGAACAUCGUGGGCAAUUUUCUGGGCCGAACGGACUUCUUCGUGGAGGUGGUACACAAAAAUGGUACCACGGAGCGCGUAUCUACCGACACGCUGCCAGUCACGGUGAUCCGUCAGGAGCGUGUGAUCGACCACGUGUUUACCGGAUCGGUCAUUCUGUUGAUCUCGAUCCUGUACAUCAAUUUCGGAGCAGCGCUAGAUCUGGGAGCACUGAAGCAGAUCCUUCGACGUCCCGUCGGUCCGGUGAUUGGUUUCCUAUGCCAGUUCGUGUUCAUGCCACUGUUCAGUUACGGUCUGGGCCAUUUACUGUUCCCCGAUAGCUACGAGCUACAGCUGGGACUCUUCUUUACUGGUGUGUCGCCUGCUGGAGGCGCAUCGAACAUCUGGACGGUGGCAUUAGGCGGUAAUCUGACGCUCUCGAUCGCUAUGACCACUAUCAGCACGCUCGCAGCAUUCGGCAUGAUGCCGCUGUGGAUAUUCACGCUCGGCCGUACGAUCUUCGAACGAGCGAAGCUUGGUAUACCGUAUAGCCGUAUCGCCUACACCGCCAUCGGUCUGGUGGUGCCCAUCAGUGCCGGGCUGGUGAUACAGCGCUGUUGUCCUCGCUUUGCGCGGCUGCUAGUACGCAUUCUGAAGCCAAUGGCUGCCCUGCUGAUUCUGUUCAUCGUCAUCUUUGCGAUCGUCACCAAUCUUUAUCUGUUCGAGUUGUUCUCCUGGCAAAUCAUCGUAGCAGGGCUGGGGUUACCCUGGGUGGGGUACUGUGUCGGAUUUCUGGCCAGCCAUCUGUUACGUCUCCCGCUAGCCGAUUCGCUAGCGAUCUCGAUCGAAACGGGCAUCCAGAACACGGGUAUUGCCAUCUUUCUGUUGCGCUUUGCGCUCGAGCAACCGGCUGCCGAUCUUACAACUGUCAUUCCUGUGUCUACUGCCAUUAUGACCCCGUUGCCGCUGCUUCUGCUGCUCAUUGGUUUGCGGAUACAUGAACGAAGCCCGUUUCAUUUCAUUGCAGAUCGAAGAGACGCGCUGAAGCUAGUCUAAUCCCGAAGAAUAACUCCGAACCGGUCACACCACCGAUUGCGGAGUAGGAAUCUUCUAAACACGUACCGGAGGAAAAGGACAAGCACACCAUACCUGCAUCAAAAACGUUACAUUCAUCAAAUAAACAUGGGUUGUUUCUUUACAUUAUGAGUUUAUUCCCACGAGAUAUACCCCAAGAACGCCCGCUUCCUAUCAAUCCCGCAUCUCACCCUCCUCGUCCUCAUCAUCGAUACCGCGUAUGUAGAGCACGUU